UUAAAAAAACGAUGUUGCGCAGGAAACCACAGCAAUCACAUGAGACCUUUUCAGAGUGGUUGACAGAUGCUGCUCACACUAGAGGAAUAGAGCAUUCAAAGAGAGAAAUGAGAGGCUUAUACUGUUUAGUUCUUUGGAUAUUUUUCUACACAAUAUGGACUGGAGCAGUUUCUACAGGUCAGCCUCUGCUUUGUCAUCGGGUUCCAGAGGAAUGUAUGGAAACGUCUGAAAAUGUUCCACAGUGUAUAGAAAAGAACAUGAGACAAUGCAAACAAUCAAGUUCAAGACGUCCUAUAUAUAGUUCAAACUACUUCUAUCGAAGAAUUUCCCCCUCAGAGAAAGAUCAAUUAGAUCAUGCACUGGAUACAGAAAAAGGAUAUAUAAUCAACAUCUCUGACGAAGCAAUACUCAAGAGCAGAAAUGGGCAGGGGGAUUUGUUCUUGAUUGUGUCUCUUCUCAAUGAGACCCUCUUCAGAGUCAACAGCAGUUCAGACACCGAGAAGGGAAAUGACCCAAAAGAGUCAGACCCAAUAUUGCACGGGCAAAGCGUGUUGGGAGUUUGGCUUGGUGCAAAUGAAGUUCAAAACCUUUCUCAGCCUGUUCAGCUCAGAUUCAGGAAUACCAAUCAGAAUGAAAGUGGAAUUUGUGUCUACUGGCGUCUCGAUAAAAACGGCAGAGGUAACUGGAGUACAAAUGGCUGUAAGACUAGCGUUGACAACGGAGACUUUGUGUGCAGUUGUAAUCAUCUGAGCUUUUUUGCAGUGCUCAUUAGUCCUCAAAUUCCUGAAGAGUUCCAUAUUGUCCAUCUCAACUACAUUUCAUACGUCGGCUCUGCCCUUUCAAUAGCAUUUACAGCCCUUAUGAUUGUCAUGUUUCUGUGCAAACGGAAGAAGCAAUGUGAGCAUGCAGUCUUUAUUCACGUACAGCUCUCAGGUUCCUUAUUCUUGCUGCACAUCUCGUUCUUGUGCAGCGUGUGGUUUUCGGGGCAGAGCCUCAUUGACUCAGUGUGUCAGGGUCUAGGACUUUUCCUGCACUGGUGCCUUUUAGCCACCUUCACUUGGACAGCCGUUGAGGGCUUCCACCUGUACCUGCUGCUGGUGCGGGUCUUCAACAUCUACAUCAAGAGAUACCUGCUUAAACUAAGUCUUGUGGGAUGGGGUGUUCCCACGUUUAUAGUGAUGAUAUGCGGUGUGACUAAAGCGUAUGGCAAAUAUUCCUUUCACAUGGAUAAAGACAACUCAACAGCCACACCUCUAUGCUGGGUGACCAAACAGACAGUAAGCUACAUUACAGUGAAUGGUUAUCUCGGGCUGGUGCUGCUCUUUAACAUGGCUAUGCUGGUGGUGGUGCUGGUUAAGAUGCGUCAGUUAAGAUCACAGGCUCUUCAGAUUAAAGACCAUCAGAGGAGGGCAUGGAAAGACUGGGCGUCUCUACUCGGGCUCAGCUGUGUUCUGGGAGUGCCCUGGGUACUGGCCUUCUCCACCCAUGGCCCGUUGAGUCUCACUUCGCUCUAUGUUUUCACCAUUCUCAACAGUUUUCAGGGUGUCUUUAUUUUCUUGUGGUUUUUGACUCUCACAUGUAAGGCACGGAAAGAGAAACAAAUCCCAUCUAAAGGCACCAUUCAGGUCAGCUACCACAGUAAUGAAGAUGUGACUAGAUAACCAAAGGCUGUUUGCUGGAGAUUUAAAGAAAGACCCUCCACCCUAUAUCAAAACUUCACUGUAGUUCUGUGUAUUAUUAUACUCAUUUGGAUCUUUGUGAUUUUUAAACUGGGGUCUGCAGAGCCUCAGGGGACUGCAAAGGGAAUCUGCAUAUAGUUUUAAGGGGUAAUUAUUUAUUUCUGUGUUGAUCUAUCUGUUAUUGUAAUUCCAGAAUAGUUUGUAUUUGUAUUUUUGCAUCUUUUCAUUGCCAUUUUCAGCUUUGGCUUCCUUACUGACAGUUAUGAUACUUCUUUGUGUAAAGAACAAUAAACAAUAUUUAUUGUGAAAAAUGCAAAUAAAUAAAUCUAAAAUUGUUCUAACAUUGAGUAAAAAAAUAGCAUUGAUGUUACAUAUAUUUUAGUACAAUGACAAAAGUAAAUUAUUUUUAUAAACA